AUGCAGUUCACCAUGGCACCGUCAGCCAUCUCUCAGCCAUCGAUCACUUACCAUCCCAAGGCGUCAAACGCUAUCCCAGUGGAUUCGCCAGCAGAGGCACAAAAUCACGUUAUAUCAUUCUUGCUCAGUCGUAACGAAGAGAACUUGCUACUGAGGCUGUCGUGGGACAACCUCACCAAGGACAUCCGUCACAUUUUGAAAAAAGCCUCAGAGAAAAAAUUGUGCAACUGGGAAUAUGACCCGGAAUAUGGAAUCUUGAAGGUUAAAGCUAUGGUUUCUCCUCUGCAUGCCGCCCUCAACGCGUGCAUCUUCCGAUCUUUCACGAAGGCGAAUCAUACCACCCUAACUCCUGACGAGGCCAUGUGCAUUGUGGCAAGCCCACUGUCCGUUCGCCUAUUCAGAACACCUCAAAUCAAUCCUGGAGACAAACGUGGAGAUAAACCUGCAGUGUGGAUGAAGCAUCCUGAUGACGUGAUAUAUUUCGGGGAGUUGGGAGGCGAAGAACAAUUUCUACAAAUUGUCGUCGAAAUUGGGUUCUCGGAAAGCUAUUAUGACCUGGUCCGUGACGCUUCACAAUGGCUACUGCGGUCUGGUGGUCAGCCCAAACUAGUGAUCAUUGCCAAAAUAGAGGAGGACAAGCAUCAGCGCGAUAUCCAUCAGAAAACAGAGCAGUUUAAAUGCACUCGCGAUUAG